GGAGGAAUGGGGGGCGCCGCCCCCUCGCUGCUGCUGCUGCUGCCGCCGCCGGGCCGCGAGUACAGCCUGCUGGACUGCUGCUGGGUGCUGGGCGCGCUGCUGGUCUUCUUCUCGGACGGCGCCAGCGACCUGUGGCUGGCCGCCGACUACUACCUGCGCCGCCAGUACUGGUGGUUCGGGCUGACGCUGCUCUUCGUCCUGCUGCCCUCGCUGGUCGUGCAGCUGCUCAGCUUCAGGUGGUUCGUCUACGACUUCUCGGCGCCCGCGCGAGCCUCGCCGGGCGCCGCCGCCGCCGCCGCCGCCGCCGCCUUCAGCACCAAGGACAGCGGCGGCACCAAGGACAGCGCCCGAGCCGGCGCCUUUCCGCGGGCUUCCCCCGCGGGCGGCGGCGGCGGCGGCGGCUCCCCCGGACCCCGCGGCUGCUGCCGCCUGUGCGUCUGGAUCCUCCAGUCCUUCAUCCACCUCCUGCAACUCGGGCAGGUCUGGAGGUACCUGCGAACCCUGUACCUGGGUCUCCAGAGCCGCUGGCAGUCAGAGCAUCGCCGGCGUCACUUCUACUGGAGGAUGAUGUUCGAAAGCGCUGACAUCAGCAUGCUGCGUCUCCUGGAGACCUUCCUUAAGAGCGCUCCACAGCUGGUGCUGCAGCUGAGCAUCAUGGUGCAGCAGAACCGCAUCGAGCCAUUGCAGGGUCUCUCAGCUUCUGCCUCGCUGGUGUCCCUGGCUUGGACUCUUGCCUCAUACCAAAAGGUGCUGCGAGACUCUCGGGAAGACAAGAUGCCCAUGUCUUACAAAGGGGCGGUGGUGCAGGUCCUCUGGCACCUCUUCACCAUUGCCGCCCGAGCCAUUGCCUUUGCCCUGUUCGCCUCCGUGUUCCAGCUCUACUUUGGCAUCUUCAUCGUCACCCACUGGUGCAUCAUGACCUUCUGGAUCAUCCAAGGCGAGACAGAUUUCUGCAUGUCCAAGUGGGAGGAGAUUAUCUACAACAUGGUGGUCGGCAUCAUCUACAUCUUCUGCUGGUUCAACGUCAAGGAAGGCCGCAGCCGGUGCCGCAUGUCCAUCUAUUAUAUCAUCACGCUGUCAGAGAACGCUGCCCUGACGGGUCUCUGGUAUUGGUUCCGGGACCAAUAUGUGGUCUCUGAGUCCAACGCCUUAAUCAUUGUCUGCGUUGUCACCUCUAGCUUUGCCUUAGGGGUCUUCUUCAUGUUCAUCUACUAUUGCCUCUUGCACCCAAACGGAACCAUUUUUGGGGCCCAGAACAUGGGCUGCCUGUGUGGCGAGGAGCCCACCGCGGUCCCCUGUGGCAUGGCCCCCCCCGCGGACGUGAUCACCAGCCCCCCGCGCUCCUUGCCGAGGACUACAGGGGCCGAGAGGGAGGGGGUGCCCGGGGACAGAGACAGCUGUGUCCCAGUCUUUCAGGUGAGGCCCAGCGUGCCCCCAACCCCAAUUCCACGGGCCCCACGGACAGAGGGACCUGUCAUUCGUAUUGACUUGCCUCGGAAGAAAUAUCCUGCCUGGGACGCCCAUUUCAUCGACCGGCGCCUCCGUAAGACUAUCCUGGCGCUGGAAUACACCUCUCCGGCUACUCCGCGCCUGCAGUACCGCACCAUGGGGGCAUCUCAGGAGCUGCUGGAAUAUGAGACCACAGUGUAA